AGGCUACCAGCGCCUUCGCUCUUGCUUCACAUCUUCGGCUUCCAUCUUAAUCUUUCGAUCUUCACACCACCAACCAACUUUCAUACCCACCCAUCAAGCACCGAUUAUCGACCGUCCAGUCCUACAUAUUUAACGAAACUGCUCUUGACCUCCAUUACUUACCAGACUUUCCAUUGUACCACAUACGUCAGUCUAUGCGAAAUCGCCAACAAUGGAACCCCUGACUCCACCACCACCCUACACCGAAAAUGCAAACGCUUCAAUACCACGACACUCUAUCUCUCCAUCUGAGAAGCUCGAAAUGGUGCAGGCCGAGCUCGAGAUAGCCAAGCUCCGUCUUCGACAGCAGACCAGAGAACGUCAUGGUCAGAGAAGAGACAUAUCCAGCCGGAUGGCUGUACUCGAAAGGAUGACAACACAGCAUGUCACGCCAGCUCUUCGAGGAUCUCUCGAGCUCACCGGUCCAGGACCUGAUCCGUCCAACAAAACGGAUCACCGCAGGAUUGCCUGGAACAUGAUUCUGAGCGAAGAACAUGCUCCGUCUCAUCUGUCUAUGACAACGCUCACAAAGAUUCCCCUACGUGCUCUGUCCAUGGAGACCCACCACCACGGAAAGAUGCUUCUUCUUCGUGCCACCAGCGUCUCGGCUAUGCAUUCGACGAUGCAGACUUGCGUUGCCGUUGAGGAUGAAUACGGUGACCAUGAACUUCUCACCAUCUAUGACUUUGCAGUCAUCAAUCAUCCGUCCAAGGCAGUACAAAAUGGAACCUCCUUCGUGGUCAAGGAACCUUUCUUCAGGACUGUCUUGGAUGAGGCGUGUGUGCUAUGCAUUGAUCAUCCGUCCGACAUCCUGUUCUUGGAGCCAGAUGAUCCCUUGAUACCUCUCGCUUGGAGAGUUGAGAAUAUUCCGAAGUCACCUCUGCAAUGGAAGCAAGCCGGCAAUGUGGCUCUACGAAGUCAAAAUCCUUGGGAAGCCGAGAGAUGUUACAAUAGGUCAUUCGCGGCUAUGACUGCGAGCCAAGAGAAUGAUAUCAUGGGAAGCAUGGUCUAUCGCAAUCGGGCUCAGGCUCGGCUAUGUCUUGAGCACUGGGAUGGAGCCUAUGAUGAUGCGCUGGCUGGAAUGCAAGUCCUCCCCGACAUACACGACGAUUUUUUGGAGUUCCAGAACAUGAAGGCCCUGUAUCGAGCAGGUCGGGCUGCUUAUGAGCUUGGAACGUUCGAUCGUGCUCUCUCGGCAUACAACGCGGUCCUUGAGAUCUCACCUCGCAACACUGAUGGCUUGCGUGAGCUCCGACGAACCGAGAAUCGCAUUAUGGAACAAUCAACAGGCAUCAAUCUUUGGAAAGCCACCGGACCGCAGGCACACGGAACCAAUGUUGACCAUGCCGACUUUUUGCGCAGGACUGAAGUACGUCAGACUGAAAGUCAUGGACGUGGUCUGUUUGCUGUAGAAGCCAUCGCAUGCGGCGACAUCGUCCUUUGCGAGAAAGCCCUGGCUCUGGUACCAACUCCAGCCAUGCCCGAGACCUUCCACUUGGUCAUCCCGCCAGCAGCGUCAAGAGGUACAUUUGGAGCUCAGAGCAACAUGUGGACUGCAGUCAUCCAGAAGGUACUUGCUAACCCCAGUAUCGGGACUAAACUGCUCAGUCUUUAUGCUGGCCCAAACUAUCCUCCGCUCAAAGAUCCUGAGAUCCCCAUGGUUGACGGACGACCUGUCAUUGACAUCUUCCGCAUCGAAAAUAUCAUCGAAUACAACUCUUUUGGCUAUGGUCAUGAUCCAGAGCUCACCAGUUUCGGCAAUACUUCCCUGGCAACUCCGGGCAUGGACAAUAUGGAUGGAUCGAUGGGGCUCUGGCUACAUGCAUCCGCCAUCAACCAUUCAUGUUUGUUCAACGCGGAGCACAGCUUUGUCGGCGACAUGAUCAUCUUUCGAGCAACUCGUGAUAUUGCAAAAGACGAAGAGAUCACCACCUUAUACAAGGAGAUCAACGCCGACUACGACACACGUGAUACUGCAUUCAGAACUUGGAACUUCAGCUGUGACUGCAAGAUGUGCAGAGCAGACAGAGCUUGUCCCGCAACCGGUCGUCGCAAGUACAUACUGCAACAAGCCAAAGACUUCCUCGCGAAGCUUCCGGUCCUCAACGCUACCGUCGAGCCGCGCAAGAUCAUCCUGAUGUUCGAGGAUCUCCUAGGACAGCUUGAAAAGACCUAUCCGGAUGAGCUCUACAAUGGUCUGCCACGUCUUGGCCUGAUCACUCUGAACCGUUACUGCGCAUACGCCUACUGCUUCAGUGAUCCUGACAAGGCUAUAGAACAUUCGUUUGCAGUCAUCGCUGCUCACGGCUACAAGAUGAAGAUUGAUGGAGAUGAUGUAGAGUUUGAUCGCACCGAUGCAAUGUCGGCUCCUCAAGUCGUAGAUCAGUUGAUGAACAUCAGUAAGCACAAGCUGAACAAAGGACAUCCUGUCUUGGCAAGCCAUCUCCGAGACCUGGCCUUGGAGAUGUACAUCAUCAUCAACGGAGAGCCUUCUGGUUUUGAGACAAGAUAUGGCAGAGGCCGUGAGCAUUGAAGUUCUUGAGAUUGGGAAUUGGUCUUGAAAGUCGAUGGUUCCAUUGGAAGCAGUCCAGAUUGGUAGUCAUUGAUGACUGACUGCAAGGUAGAAGACCUAUAUUGAUGAAGCAACCUAUGAUGACGUUGAAGCCUUUGAAACGCCUUGGCUAUGCUUGAUGUGCUAGAAAUUACUAGACAAACGACAUUGUGCUCAUCUCACGAAUAGUCGCAUCAUCCAAGACUUGACCUUCAGUAAGUGCAAGCCUGCGAUCCUCGUCAGCAGUACUCCUCUCCUCCCAACUUCCCGCAA